AUGGUAUACUAUAAGAGAUACCAGCAAAGGAAAAAAGGGGAAGAGGAUGAAGAGUGUCAGAGCAUUCUAAUGGAAUUUUCAAACUCUGGUUUCUACAAAAGAACAAGGCCCAAGCUCCUCACUUUCGUCUUCCUCUCUCUUCUUUCUUGCAGCUUCAUAUUAGCCCCUCAUCUUUUCUACCCUAACACCACUUUCUCUCUAUUACGCCUUGGUGCUCAUGAUAUGGUUGUAUACGCUCCCUUGGGUUCUUCAAUCGCCAACGGAACUAUACUUUGUGAUAGGAGCAAUUUUCGAUCAGAUGUUUGUAUCCUGAAAGGAAAUGUAAGAACACACUCCGGAUCCUCUUCCAUCUUUGUCUACAGGUCUAGAGAUAAAAGUAAUUUCACAUUCUAUCUUUCGAGCAUCGUCGAGGAAAAUGAAGAGGAAAACGGGGAAUGGCUUCAACACGAAAAGAUCAAACCGUAUACUCGGAAAUGGGAACCAAGUACCAUGGCCACCGUCACUGAAUUAGACCUCAUUGCAAAGAAAGACGAUACUCUAGGGAUGCAACAUCAGUGUGACGUCCAACAUGAUGUUCCGGCAGUGUUUUUCUCAACGGCUGGCUAUACUGGCAAUGCUUAUCAUGAGUUCAACGACGGGAUUAUACCACUGUACAUUACUUCUCAAGAACUGAGAAAGAAGGUUGUGUUUGUCAUUCUUGAUUUUCAUGACUGGUGGCUUAUGAAGUACGGAGACAUUCUUUCACAACUCUCGGACUAUCCAGUAAUAGAUUACAGUGCAGAUACGAGAACUCAUUGCUUUCCUGAAGCCAUUGUCGGUUUGAGAAUUCACGACGAGCUCACUGUGGAUCCUUCGCUGAUGGAGGGACAUAGGAGCAUUUUCGACUUUCAAUAUCUUCUAGACAGGGCGUACAGGCCUCGAAUUACAGGUCUAAUUAACGAACAAGAAGCAGAAGAGAAACUUUCUGUUUCUGUGUCUCCUGCAUCGGAAGGAUCCAUAAAAAUCAAGAAAAAACUCCAUGAAGCACAUCAAUUAGAGAGGCCUAAACUGGUGAUCGUGUCUAGAAACGGAUCAAGAGCAAUAACCAAUGAGGACUUGUUGGUGGAAAUGGCUGAGAAAAUUGGGUUUGAAGUUGAAGUUCUGACACCUGAUUCGAGGACCGAAUUGGCAAAGAUUUAUUGGGUUCUUAAUUCGAGUGAUGUCGUGAUAGGGGUUCACGGUGCCGCCAUGACACAUUUUCUGUUCAUGAGACCUGGCUCUGUGUUGAUCCAAGUGAUUCCUCUUGGAACUAGUUGGGCAGCAGAGGCAUACUUUGGGGAACCUGCAAGAAAGCUUGAUUUAAAUUACAUCGGCUACAAAAUUCUUCCCACAGAGAGCUCGUUGUACGACAAGUAUGGUAAAGAUGAUCCUGUUCUUAAAAAUCCAGCUAGUGUAACCAAAAAAGGUUGGCAACACACAAAGGAGAUUUACCUUGAAGGUCAAACUGUGAGACUACACCUCACAAGAUUUAAGAAGCAGUUGCUUGGUGCUUAUGACUACACCACUGAAAGAAUGACUGAGCAUUUCGAACAACAAUAA